GUGACACUUUCUAAUUUAACGUGUACACUUUAAAAUCUAAAGUGUUCACUUUAUAAAUCAAAGUGACACUUUCUAAUAAACGUGUUCACUUUGACAUUUAAAGUGUUCACUUUAUAAAUCAAAGUGGCACUUUCUAUUUAAACGUGUUCACUUUGACAUUUAAGAAACAAGAUACAAGAAUGACCAGUCAGGGUAAAAUUAUACCGGAAAACGACUUGCUGCGAAUGUUUGGCAACGAUAUCCAAAUUAAUGAGCAGGGUGAUUUAACGUACACGUGUGUUGAGGAAGAUACGGAUCUCCUUAAUCUGCUAAAGGAGUUUGAUCUGGAAACACUUUUUAUUGGCCUAAAAAAUGCUGGAAUAACUUUUCGAAGCUUAAAAUAUUUGUCGAAAGAAGACAUUGCGGAAGCAGUAAAAAAUAUUGGUCUUCGAGCAGAGUUUAGAGAAAAGUUGUUUUUCUGGCGCAAGUCAAAGUUUGGAAUAGAAGACGAAACGUUGAGCCAGACUUCAAAAGUUGUUGGUUGGCUAGAAAAAAACCGUCGCAAAGAUUCACCUUGUUCUUCAAAUAAUUCAAUAAGAAACGCAUUUGGAUCACAGCCCCUUUCAAAAUUUUUAAACGAUAACUCAGCCGGAAAACAACUUGUUCAAUAUUAUGAGGAAUGGGCAUGUUUUACGAAUAAGCAACGCGAUGCCCUCAUUAAAAUAAUUUUAGAAGAUGUCAUGUUAACAAAGACAAAGCUUAGACCAGAACACUUUGCUAGUAUUGUGGAAGAAAUAAUUGGUUUAUUUCCCAAUGAAAAAGAGUCCCAGGAUUAUUACUACAUUCCUCGUCAAAAAAAAAAACCCAUCAGGCAAGCUCUAUUCCAAAUAUUUUAAUUUAAAGACAAAGAUUAGAAAGAGUAGUCCGUCCGCGGAAAGAUCUCUUUCGAGUGAAGUACGUGAUCCAUUAGUAGACGAAAAUGUUGAAGUUGACGAAACGCUGUCGUUAUGUUUAAAAACUUCGCUUCAAAAAGAUAUCAAUAAUUGAGAUGAGGUUAUUGACAAAUGGCAAAAAACAUUUACAUUUCGUAAAAAGGAUUUGGCAAAGCUUUCGAAUUCUGAUUUUUUGCAAGAGUGGCCAAUUUUAAAAGACUGCAGAGCACCAUUUCUGCUAUUUAAAAAGAACUUUAACACAAAAUUCAAGAAUAUAAAAGUUUUUAUAUUUUUUUAGAUUAAUCUAGAUUUUAAUUUGAUUUAUCCAGCAAAAGAUAAUCUUUUAAAAACAAAGUGGGAUAAUUUUAAAACCAAGAUAGUGAACUACUACUAUGCCAACAUACGGAAUCAGCAAUCAAUAGAUCUUUUGAACCAAGCAAAAACGACGAAAAAAUUGAUUUUCAAGACUACAUUUUUACAAUUCUUCUCAAUUCAGUUCUGCUGCCUUCAGCAAGAUUUAGUGUAGAUGGAAAUACAAAAAACAAAGCCACUAUUAAAGAUGCGCUAAUGAAAGCUUCGUAUUGAAGUUAACAACAAUUAGCGACUACUCAAAACGAAUAAAAGAAAUUAUCGGUAAAUAUUUUUAUAAUAAAUUGACUGUACAGCCGUUUAUAAUUGUGGUAGGAGACUCUGAGGACGAUCUUAAAACCUUUUACAUUUACUUUGACAAAACUUUGUACAAACUAAAUUCUUUUAUUGAAAGUUUGGAUAUAUGCUUUAAAAUCUUUCACGUGUUUAAUCUUAAAUAUCCUAAGAUCUGCGAAAUGCCAUGGAUAUUUAUCCAAAAGCAUUUUUAUGAAUUAGAUUCAAAAUUUGAUUUAAAAAGUUCAAAUCUUACUUCAUUGUUUACACAUAUGAAUGAAAAAAAUUAAAUUUUGUAAAUUUUUCGAUUGUAAUAAUGUAUAAAUGUUUCAGAUGUUUUCAGUUAUUUAAAAGUGUUGAUGUGCUAAUAAGACAUUUAAAACACAUGCAUUUGUUGUCAAAUAGAGAUAAACUUCAAUGCGAACAAAAUAAAUGUAAGCAAAUUUUUUCUAACUUUAGUUCUCUAAAGCGACAUUUGUUAACACAUAAGAAUAUAAUUUACACUUUACAAACACCAACAGAAUUACCCGCCACAUCCUCCGGAAUUAGGUUAGAUGAACCCAUUUUAUCAGAUGAACCUAUCAUAGUAACAAUGCCAGACACAAGUUCACAAUUUCAUAUAAAUAGAGAACAAACCAUAACGGAUUUAAAAAAUAAGUCUUUAGCUUUAUGUCUGCAACUAUAUUCAAAAAGUACCAUGCCAAGAAAAGAUGUUUUAAAUACACAAA